UAAUGCUUAAAUGUGUAUUAAUUUAUAUUAAUUUAUAUCUUUUUCUUCCCAUAUGACAGUAAUGGGGACAUUAAGAAUUCACCAUGGUGGCACUUUUUGCAUGAGUCAUAAUGGGGAUCUUAGGUACACUGGAGGUGAAGUACAUGAUGAGGAUAUUGAAUAUCAUCGUAUAAUUUUGUCGUAUUUAGAGGAGAGGGUAAAAGACCUUGGAUAUAUGCAUUUUAAGGACAUUUAUUACAAAGACCCUUAUGUUGAAAAUUUUGGUGAAGCAUUAAAGGUUAUAAAUAGUAUGCAGGAGCUUAUUCACAUGCGGUAUCUUUUAAAUGAAAGGGGAAUUAUAGAUGUGUACGUUGAGCAUGUGUGUGAUGAGCCAAACAUUUUAGACUUGCUUGAAGGUGGCACCGUUCCACAUGAAGUAGUUGAUGAAGGUACAAUGCAUUUUUCUGGAAGUGAUGAGGACAUUGGGGAAGGUUGUGUGACACAAAAUUCACAACCAACCCCAACUUGUAAUGGAGCUCCAGAAACAACUGAAGGUGAUGUUGAUGAAAUAGAUGCAGUGCAUGGAGGUGAUGUAGGCCAACAACAAGAUCCAAAGCAUAAUGAUCAUGAUGAUGACGACUUUCUUGAUAAUGUGCAUAGUGAUGCAGAUGAUGAGGAGGGUGAAAGGGUUCCUGUAGGAAUUGAUAGCCAUGGAGAUUUGGGUUUUGAUUCUAGCUUUGAAAAUAGUGAAGAUGAAUUUGAGGUUUCUAGUGAUGAUUCAAGUGACUACACUGUUAUGGAUGAAGAUGAACUUGAAGAAGAAGAAGGAGAUGUAAGAACUACUAGAAGUGGUGAUUUAUGGUUUUAUACUUCAUGGGCUGAUGUUUGGUUUGAGAUUAUAAUUAGUGAGUUAGUGAGACUUUCUCAUUUAGAAUUAGGAGUUCAUGUUUCAAGGGAUAACUGUAAACUAGCAAAGGAUAAGAUUAUGAAGGAAGUGAAGGAAACUCACAUGAAUGAAUUUGCUCAAUUAAGAAGGUACACAGAAGAGUUGUUGAGAUUGUCCCUUGAGUCGAUUGUUAAGAUUGUCACUGAGCCACCCACAACUCCAGAGAGAAAACCUGCAUUUAAAGGAAUUUAUGUGUGCUUAGAAGGAUGUAGGAAAGGUUUUCUAUUGGGUUGUAGACUAGUGAUUGGACUAGAUGACUAUUUCCUCAAGGGGAUCUUCAAAGGAACCCUUUUGGCAAUUGUUACAAGGGAUGAGAACAAUCAAAUGUUCCCAAUAGCUUGGGCUGUUGUUGACUCAUAGUGUACCAACUCAUGGACCUUUUUUUUAAGAUGUU